AAUGUUAUGUAGUAUGAAUAUAACUUCCUGUUAUCCUUUCAGUCAUUCACCCUCACUUGUUUACAAACUCCCCCAAUGUCAUCUAAGAAUCCCAAAACCCCCAAUACCAUUUAACUGCUAAGCCUUGACCAUUAAGAGACCAACCCUCAGUGACGUCAGCUAACUUCAUGGAAGAAGUAUGACUCACACUCCAGCCCCAGUCACUUGCACAGAGCAUCACCACACCCCUUGUACCAGAGAAAGUUUGAUAGACAGUGACCUGUAGACCAAUCAGAAUAAGUUUAGAUCACUCCCACCUUUAAUAGUUACACCCCAAAACAAAUGAUAUAAAUAAGACUUCUUGAUUAUUAAGAAGAGAGAACACCAACGAUAGAAGACUAGACCCACACUCAUCCAGAUAGACUGACUGACUUCAAGACUUAGACGUCCAUCGAAUAUUAUAAUAACUUCACUCCGAAUCUUAAUCUUUAAUAUACUUCGAAACUAUUAUAUUCAUCGUCUCCUGUUAUAUCUGAAUCUUCAUGUACUUCGAACUGUAGCUGAAUAUUGAUAAUUAAAUAAAUUGUGAUUUGAACUGUAUAACUUUCUGCAAAGUUUCUUCAUUACGCUUCAAUAAUCACCGAUCCCAUUCCCCAACACGACAUGGUGGAGAACCGGCUUUAAUACGAUACAUCAAGAGUGCAAGAUUAACAAAUUGCAGAGCCAAAAAGCUGACGACUUUGCCAACCAGCUACAAAAUUUGCAAACGAACUCGUAACAUCAUAUUUUAAAAUUGAAUCUGUGAGCAGAGUACUUCAAAUUACAGCAACAUAAACUCAACAUAAACUCGAGUCGAAAAAAAAAGGAAGAACAGAAGAAAUAUACAGACGAAUAGAUCAGACGGACAGAACAGACGGAUAGAGCAGACGGAAGACUCAGACGGAGGAUACAGACGGAAGGAAAGAGCAUACUUCAAAGACAACGACGAUUUCAAGCCUAAAACGAAGACACCUAUACACCGACGAUUGCCAUCGCAUCGAGUGACUAUCGACUUAACCCUUAAUUAACUAAAUAAAUGACUCUGACCCUUUCGCUGAAUUGUGCAUUGUUUAAUUAAUUUUGGAAGACAUAUUUCGGUAAGUGAAACCAUUUCUCUUAUUGUUCCACUGGUGAAAGAGAGUGAGUGAGAGAUUGAGUUUUCAGAUUGUUUAUUUGCCCAGCAACAAGUAAUUUUCAAACGUUUUCUGUUCGUUUUGCCGAAUCGUGAUUAAAUAGUAAUUUAACUGUCAGGAUUACUGUUAAUUAGAAGUUUAUCAAUAUUUUAUAUUUUACGGUUCAAUUCUGAUAACCGAAUUUGAUUUUUAUCACUUUAAUUAAUUACCCUAUAUAAUCAUGACUUCAACCAACAACUCCCGACAAACCCUGCGACAGACUGACUUUCUACCAUCCCGUUUCUCGGGUGAUAAACUUGAUAGGGACAACUCGACUGCGCACUUCUUGACUUUCGACGACUAUCUAGAUGCGCAUGACAUUGACAAAGCUGACCCCGACCAAUUCCAGACAAUACUGCGAACGUUUAGACGGACUUUACAAGGGCAGGCGCGACUUUGGAUUGACGGACUUCAAUUCAAUACAUAUAGCGACCUGAAGGAUGGGUUCAUAAGACGGUUUAGUCCCGCUAAAUCGUCAUAUAGCCAUGUGACCGACUUUAAAAAUAUGACUAUGACAAAUAACGAGAGCGCAGACGCGUACUUGCAAAGGUUGAGAACAACAGCAGCCUACAUCGACUAUGGGGAAACCCAAAUUAGGCAUAAGUUGUUGGAUUCUUUGCCGUCGGACUGCCGCGCGACCAUACUUAUGACCGCCCCUGACCUGACCUCAGAAGAAAUAGCGGCGAAAGCCCAACUUUUUCUAGACCUCAACCAUAGACAGACUAGGCCGACCAAGGAGUUAUCUUUCUCUGCUCAAGAGGAAAUAGAUCAAUUGAAGGAGCAAAUACAUUACUUAAACCUCAAGACAGACAGAGACAAUGAUAAAAGGCCAAAAUCCCCCACCCAACGACCCCCAACCCCACGACAACGCAGUGCUAGUCGUAGUGCCAGUCGCAGCGUAAGCAGCGAAAGACGACGUGACAUCAGUAACGAUAGACGGGACGAUCGGCGCAAUGACAUGCAAAACAGACGCGGUAGGAGCCCAUAUCGAUCGGACGGACGGACAAACCGACCGCCAACACGCAGACUUACAUGUAACUACUGUGGCAUUCCUGGCCAUAUCUGGCGAGAAUGUCGAAAAAGACUUAGGGACAUGACGACCCCACCACCCCCCUUCCCUGACUAUAAUGACUACUAUGCCCCUGCAUACGGUAGUUAUGCCAACAACCAAUACUACCCACCACACCAACAGCAGCCCCAAUAUCACCAGCCCCGCUACCAACAACCCCAAAAUCAACCACGCCCACAGGAUUUUUAAGACGGGAGAGAG